AUGGAUUCUUUGACUGUGAAGGGCUCCUUCGUUGUAUCUAAAUUAUCUUCUUCUUCUUCGAGCAGUUCGACAGUUCUUGUCUCGACUCGACCUCGACUAUGUUCUUCCGUUAGUUUUCCAAGAAACAAGGGGAACUGCUGUAAUAAAGGGAGGUUAGGCUUUAGAGUUAAAUCUUACGAUUCUUCCAAGAAUGACUCUUCUUCCAAUAAUAAUCCUGGUGAUGCCAAGCCCCCGAAUGGCACUAUGCCAAAGACCAGGAGGGAAAUUCUAUUGGAAUAUGUCAAAAAUGUUCAGCCGGAGUUUAUGGAGCUUUUCGUAAAACGAGCACCACAGCAGGUAGUUGAUGCUAUGAGACAGACAGUGACUAAUAUGAUCGGGACAUUGCCUCCGCAGUUUUUCGCAGUAACAGUUACAACUGUUGCUGAAAAUCUUGCACAGCUCAUGUAUAGCCUUAUGAUGACGGGUUAUAUGUUCAAGAAUGCACAAUACCGGUUGGAGUUGCAACAAAGUUUGGAGCAGGUUGCACUUCCUGAUGCACAAAAAGAAAAGAAGGAUGAGCCAGAUUAUGCACCUGGUACACAGAAGAAUGUGUCUGGUGAGGUUAUUAGGUGGAAUAAUAUCUCUGGUCCUGAAAAAAUUGAUGCUAAAAAAUAUAUAGAGUUACUUGAGGCAGAGAUCGAGGAGCUAAAUAGUCAAUUUGGCAGAAAAGCUGCAAAUGGACAGAAUGAAUUAUUGGAAUAUCUCAAGUCUCUUGAGCCCCAGAAUCUGAAGGAUUUGACGAGUAGUGCUGGAGAGGAUGUUGUUCUUGCUAUGAACACAUUUAUCAAGCGUCUUCUGGCUGUUUCAGGUCCCGACCAAAUGAAGACAUCAGUAACAGAGACUAGUGCACCGGAGCUUGCCAAGCUGCUUUAUUGGCUCAUGGUGGUCGGGUACAGCCUUCGCAACAUUGAAGUUCGUUUUGACAUGGAACGAGUACUUGGGCAACCUCCAAAGCUUGCAGAGUUACCUCCUGGAGAAAAUGUUUAA